UCUUCAACCAGCAUGGCUGACGUGGAGUUCCAGCAGAAUGCUCAUGAGAAGAAAGAGAAUGCAUCAGAGACUGACACUGGUCACCCAAAACCUGAGGACUUGAAGACUCAUGACACUACUCACCUGAAUGAUGUGUCCCUGGAGGGGGAUAUCACAGUCCCAGGGGCACCUGGUCAGGGCGAGGAUGAGGAUGAAGAGCAGCCUUCCACACUAGAUGAACCUGUCAGAGAGACUGUGAUGCGAGAUCUGAAAGCAGUGGGAAACAAGUUUUUCCACGUUCUUUACCCAAAACAGAGCAGAGCUUUACUUCAAGAAUGGGAUCUUUGGGGUCCAUUAAUACUUUGUGUGAUAUUAGCUAUGCUACUUCAGAGUUCAGACACAGUGGACAAGGUGAAUGAUGGGGGUCCAGAAUUUGCUGAGGUCUUUGUGAUUUACUGGGUUGGUGCUGUAGUGGUGACACUGAAUACCAAGCUUUUAGGGGGUUCAAUCUCAUUCUUUCAAAGUAUCUGCGUGUUGGGGUACUGUGCACUUCCUCUGACCCUGGCUCUGAUAGUGUGUAAGCUGAUACUGCUAGGUCCACACACCACCGCCAUGUUCACUGUGAGGUGUGUCACUGUGCUGGUGGCUUUUCUCUGGUCUACUUUUGCAUCAACAGCAUUCCUCACAGAGUACCAGCUUCCCAACAGAAAGGCGCUGGCUAUCUACCCCAUUUUUCUGUUCUACUUUGUCCUCAGUUGGCUUGUGGUCUCUCACCAGUCCUGAUGAGGAAUGAAUGGAUGGAGUUUCAGGUUCAAGAAGAAAUUCAUUAUGGUGCUUUCUUUGCAUUUUUAUAACAUCUGAAUUUCCAAACCAAAGCUGGGUCCAGGGGAACUACCAAAAACACCCAUGUUGAUUAAUAAGAAGUUUUAACAUUUUGGAAAUUUAGUUGAAUUUAUUCCAAAGAAGAUUUGCAGUUAUAAUGUAGAAUGAACCUCUCAAGUGAUGAGAAUCGGCAGCUUGAUCUGCCUAUGUGUUAUAUGAUUGGUACCCACUCACCCCUACCUGGCCUCAUGCCCUGCUGUGGGAACUGUGGAGCUUUUCUAGUGUUAAUAACACAGUGUUCAGAGUAUGAAAAGAAAAUGUCUUUGAAUACCAGCAUAAAAGUUUUGAUAUUAGUUUUAUGCCACUGCUGCUGUUGACAUUCAGUCUUGUAGACAUUAACAUGUGCAAUGAACCAUUUUAGUGCAGUUAUAAUUGAUGUCUAGUGUUAACCUUUUUUUCCUUUUUUUAUUUUUGGUGUUUGCUGUUAGCUCCCCAAGUUGAAUGAUUUGUGUAUAUUCCAGUGGGAUUGCAUUUACAGUGUCAACAUUUAAAAUGCACUGUCCAGAGAUGAUUGAGAGUUUUAAAGGCUCUCAAACUUUUUUUUCUAUAAUUUCCAUCCUCGAUUUUAAUUAGGAAAUUUCGGUAUGAUUUUGCAUAGUAAGCAUUUUGUUGAGGUAAAUGGUAUAAGAAUAUAAGUAUCUUUAUGAAAGGUCUUAUGAACACAUUAAGACACAGAAGAUAGUAUAUUUACCAAAGACUUGGCUUUUUGUUACAAUUGUUGUUUUUAUUUCUCUAAUAAAUAAAUCACUGUAGAUCCUACUUAUGAUUGACUGUGCCAGUUAUUUCAGUAAACUGCUCAAAUUAAAAUCAUUUUCUCAAAUGCCUUUGAUACCGUGUAUGAUCUUUGCUGGAUUUUUAUUAUUUGGUAACUCAACUGAUAGAAGUGUAAUAAAAUAAAUGGCGGUUGUUUGAAAAACGUCAGCAGUGCGGUUGUGAACGGAUGUUUAUCAAAAGCAUGGUAUUUUUAUGUGGGAAUGCUUUAUCCUCAUCUUACUGCUAUUCAAUUUGUUUCGAGGAAUGGCUCUUUGUAUCAUAGGUGUACAUGUUGUAUAUUAUGUUUAAAGGUUAUUUAAGGUGUAAAUAAAACCAAGGGUAUAGCAAACUGA